CCAAAAACCAAAAUUUUUCUAAGUCCCAGAAAAAAGCGUAGAAAUGAGUGCUAAUGUGGAGAAAACGCAAGAUACAAGCAAUCCGUACUAUCAGAAUAUGAGAUAUGGCGGUCAAGAAGCUUGGACACAAGAUAGAAAAGAAGAAAUUGAGUUUUCAGAGAAAUUUAAAGUAGAGAAGAAGUGGAAAGAUGUAUGGGCGUCAGUUUUGUUUUUUAUUAGUCUUUUUGGAUUUAUUUAUAUUUCUGGAGUGUCGAUCCAUGAGUUUUUGAAUACAGCGGAGUAUAAGAAGAAGGAUUUUUCAAAGACGUCAUCAUUUACGAUAAAUUUAAAUACGAUUUUUCUUUAUGUAUAUGUUGUUGGGUCGGCAGCGGCAUUAUCGUUUUUGUAUUUUUUGUUUGCACGUAUAUAUACAAAACAAUUUAUAUGGUCGACCGGAAUUCUUCAGAUAGUUUUUAUGCUAGGAAUUGGAAUAUUUUUUUUAAUUAGAGGAUUAUAUACAGCUUCAAUAGUGUUUUUGAUAUUUGCAAUAUUCUAUGGAUUUUGUUUUUAUACAUGGAGAUCACGUAUUCCAUUGGCAACUAUGUAUCUCCAGUUUACUAUGAAAGUUUGUUCGUAUUUUCCUAGUGUAUAUUUUAUAAGUUUUUUUGGAAUGGUUGUUUCAAUAGGAUUUUUUGCAUGGUUUUUUAUAACACUUCUUGCUUCAUUUACAAAAUUUUCGGAAUAUGGACCAGAUGGGUUUAGGAAACAAUCAUGUAUUGACAAUCCAGAUAAAUGUAAUUCUAUGUAUUUGCAUUUAAUUAUUUUUUAUUUAUUUUUUAAUGCUUAUUGGAUUACGGAGGUUAUUAAGAAUGUAAUUCAUACUACGAUUUGUGGUAUAUUUGGAUCCUAUUAUUAUGGAUAUAAUACACCGGAAGGUAUUCCAAAGCAUGCAGCUCUAGCUUCUUUUAAACGUACUACAACAUAUUCUUUUGGAAGUGUUUGUUUUGGAUCAUUGGUAGCAUCUAUCGUUCAAAUCUUAAGAGAUAUAUUUAAAUCAAUUAUGCGUGAUAGAGCUGGUUCUGGUGAUAUUAUAGGAACAAUAUUUUCAUGCUUUGCUUCCUGUGUACUUAUCUUAUUGGACUGGUUAGUUCAGUAUUUUAACCAUUAUUGUUAUGCACAAAUUGCUCUUUAUGGUAAAAAAUAUUUAAGGGCAGCAAAAGAUACAUGGGAUAUGUUCAGACGAACCGGAAUAGAUGCUUUGAUUAAUGAUUGUUUAAUUGAUAAUGUCUUGUUUUUUGGUUCUCUUUUUGUUGCUUGCCUAACUGCUUUCUCCUCUUAUCUUUAUUUGAGAUUUACUAAUCCUCAAUACAAUAAUAAUGGUUCCUAUUAUAUAGGCGUUAUAUUUAUUUCAUUCUUUAUUGGUCUUCAAGUAUGUAAUAUUGCAGUCGUUCCUAUCAAAUCAGGAAUUGCUGCACUUUUUGUAGGUGUUUCCGAGGACAGAGAGGUUCUUCGUCGAAAUUUUCCUUUGCUAUAUAACCAAAUGUUUGGUGCCGUAUGAUUUGUUUUUUUAUAUAAAAUUAAACAAUCUUGAUUUCAUAAGUGUU